AUGGUUGAUGAGACUUUAGAUAUUUCUUUACCUACUUUUGAUUUAAAUAGUUAUAUUAAUAAUUAUAAAGGUUAUACACGUAUUGAGCGUCUAAUAUUUAUCUCUGAGCAUUGUUCAUUUCUUUGUGUAGAAGCACUUAAGCUUGCUAUUGAAUUAUCUCAAACAGAAACUUUGGAUACUGUUUUAUAUGAAAAAUUAGUUACAAGAUUGCAACAAAAAGACUCUUCAGAGUGCAAUAUAGUUUUAGAUACGGAGUGGAUUCAUGAAACAAAAAAAAAUACAAAAAAUAUACUUCAAAAGCUGAAGUCUAGGCUAAAAAAUUAUAAAAAUAAUUUUAUAAAAGAAAGUAUAAGGAUGGGGUAUAAAGAUCUUGCAAAUUACUAUUAUUUGUGUAGAGAUCUGGAAAAUAGUCUAAAAUUCUAUUUUAAAGUACAUGAAUAUUGCGCAACAUCAAAGCAUAGUAUGGAUACGUUAUUAAAUAUGAUAAAAAUAUUUUUGGAAUUGAAGGAUUUUAUAAAUGCAAAUACAUAUCUUAUUAAAAUACAGAAUAUGUCUUGCAAAAAUGAAAUUACCUCUAAAAUUGAAGUGAUAUCUGGAUUGAUUUAUCUUAAUUUAGAGAAUUAUAAAGAAGCUGCAUUGAAAUUUUGCAUGAUUAAAAUGGAGGAAGACAUGGAAUUUAAUGAUAUUAUAUCUGUUAAUGAUUUGGUCAUAUAUGCGGUUAUUUGUGCUCUUUCUUCAUUUUCUCGUCCUGAACUUAAGCAAUAUAUCAUUGAUAAUGUGGAGUUUUGGAAGUUGCAUGAGUUAGAGCCUCAAGUCUUUGAAAUAGUGACUGCAUUUUAUUCAUCUAAUUAUUUAAAAUGUUUUGAUAUUUUAAAUAGAUUGAAAAAUGAUUUUAUGCUUGAUAUAUAUCUAAAUAGACAUGUUGAUAAUCUAUUUUUAUAUAUAAGGCAAAGGGCGUAUAUAUUAUAUCUUAAACCUUUUAGUUAUGUAGACCUUAGAAAAAUGGCAAAUGUUUUUUUAUUUUUAUUAAAUAAUAUGGAGAAAGAACUUAUACAAUUGAUAUUGGAAUCAAAAAUAUCUGCUAAGAUAGACAAUAUAAAUAAGUUUCUUAUAAUUAUAGAACCAAGUCAACAAGAUAUGAUAUAUGAAAAAAUAUUAAAAAUUAGUAAUGAAUAUAAAAGGGCUGCCAAGUUGUCAUUAAUACAUAUGGAAUUGGUCAAAAAAGGUUUAGAAAUAAAAACUAUGUGUGAUUUGAAUAUUGAUAUUGAAAAUGAAAAGUAA